CUGUGUCACUGCUCACUGUGACUCACUGUAAACCAGCCAAACAAGCUGACAUGGCACCUAUGAAUCCCCAAGAAAAGACACGGGCAGGGAAGCUGCAGGAUGAUGCCAAUAACAUCUAGAGGCCAGUUAAAAAUAACUUGUUUUUUUCUGAGGGAACGAAGCAGCAGCUACCCAGUAGCAUGGCUCCGCCAGAGGACAGUGUGAGUGCCUGGAGCUGUAAGCAGGUGGCCCAGUGGCUGCAGGAAGAAGGCUUCGGAGAAUAUGUGGAGUUAUUGUGCGCCCAGCACCGCCUGGAUGGCCCCAGUCUGCUGGCUCUGACUGAGGCUGACCUGCGCGGGCCUCCACUGGGCCUCACCGUGUUGGGAGACAUCAAGAGGCUGACCAUAGCCCUUCGCCGGCUCCAGAGACAGAACCAGACCCAGCUGGAGGUGCAGGGUAUCCUGCCUACAGACGGUCUCCCUGCUGGGCUCUUUGUGGGCGCCGCGGAGGGCGAGUGGAGCUGUGAUGAGGCUGACAGGAGUUAUAAUGGAGGGGAUGGCUUGUGUAACGGGACUGAGCUGAGGUUGAGGAAUGGUAACAGAUCUGGAUACGGUUCAGGAGCUGCAGUGGGUCAUACACACUCCAACGGGAGGUAUAGGCAGCACCUGGCCGGCAGAUUGGACCCAGAAUUGUGGAAGACCAUCAUCAGUUGCAUAUAUGUCUUUUUCGUGUUUGGAUUCACGUCUUUUGUCAUGGUCAUCGUACAUGAGCGUGUCCCAGACAUGAGGACCUACCCACCACUGCCUGACAUAUUUCUGGACAGUGUUCCCAGAAUUCCCUGGGCUUUUGCGAUGGCUGAGGCCUGUGGCCUGAUCCUGUGUUACAUGUUUCUGUUGAUCCUGCUCCUCCACAAACACAGGUCCAUUCUCUUCCGACGACUGUGUUCUUUGAUGGGGACUGUGUUUUUGCUUCGUUGUUGCACCAUGUUUGUCACCUCGCUCUCUGUGCCUGGGCAGCACCUGAAGUGUGUCAGUAAGACAUAUGGCGAUUCCUGGGGAAAGAUACAGAGGGCACUACUGAUCUGGAGUGGAUUUGGGAUGACUCUGACAGGCGUCCAAACGUGUGGUGACUACAUGUUCAGUGGACACACUGUUGUUAUCACAUUGCUCAACUUCUUUGUGACUGAAUACACUCCCCGAACUUGGAAUCUAAUUCACACCAUCUCCUGGGUGUUGAACCUGUUCGGGAUUUUCUUCAUCCUGGCUGCGCACGAGCACUACUCUAUCGACGUGUUCAUCGCCUUCUACAUCACCACCCGCCUCUUCCUCUACUACCACACUUUAGCCAACACCCGUGCCUACCAGCAGAGCAGGAGGGCCCGCAUUUGGUUCCCCAUGUUCUCUUUCUUUGAGUGCAAUGUCAACGGACCUGUCCCCAACCAGUAUCACUGGCCCUUCAGCAAACCAGCCUUCAUGAAAUCUCUGAUUGGAUAGAGUAGCCUUUUAAAGAUCAAAUUGAAUGAGAAUUCUUUUUUACUUGAUAUGCUGCUUUUUAUCUUUGGAUGGUUUAAAGUGUAUUUUGUGGGAGUUUUUCCCUGCCUAUUUGUAUAAAUGGAUGUUUUUUUUAUUUUGUCAACUAAUCUUAUGUUUAAAGGAAUAGACAUUUUGAGAUAUAUGCUUAUUUGCUUUCCUGCCAAAAGUUGGAUGUGAAGAACCACUCAGAACCACUCUCAGCGAGUGGUAUCGAUCUUCUCAUCUCAAAGUUAGAGGAGAAAGCGAAUAUGGUUAUUUCUGAAAAUAUCAAACUAUUAUUUUGAAAGUUAACUACACGGUACUUCCAACUAAAAACAAAGAAAUGUAGUUUAAUAUGAAGCCUCUGCUGGUACGUAUAUUUUCAUGGAGAUUUAUUCGCCUUUGGUUAAUCACUUUUAUCGUUUAUGUUCCACGUUGGAGAUGUUUAAGGUUCACUUGUGGUUUGGGUUGUUAGUCUCACUCAACAUCUACAGUAGAAAACGUGGUUCAGACCGCUGCUGUGCAGGUUGGUACUGUAGUUGUGGGUGUUUGGGAGUUGUUGUGGUGACCGAUUACAUUUUGUUUUGAUGGAAAGAGAUUUGACACAUGUUUGGUGACUACCGCCAAAGGAGCAAUUGUGUCUUUUGAUGUGCGACGGGGAAAAACAGUUCCUCUUCUCCUCAAAAAGCUCUGAUUCAGUCAAUGUUUAGUUUUUUUGUUUACACUUUAUAAAUUGAACUCUGCAUAGUGUUUUAUGGAUGGUGUUGUUUUUUUACAUUUACACUUAAACUCAACCAAAUAUUUGAAUGUUAAUUGUAUUGUAAAGUUUUGCCAAUCAGUACUUAGUAUAAUUAUCUCUUUAUCCUAAUUUGAUACUGUGUUCUGUUAUUUAUUUAUUUCUAUUUUUUACGUAUUGUUAAUUAUGAAAUGAGUAAAGAAAUGUAUGCAGAAGGAUUUAUUUUUGGGAUGGAUUUUAAGUUUUAUUAAGAGUUUUCCUUUGUUGCACAAUACAAAGACUUGCUGUUUGGAUUACAACGUUUCAAAAGUAUAUAGUUACUGUGCCAUAGUUGAUCCAAACUAUAUAUUUUUAUUAAUUGUUUACAAUGUGUGGCUUUAUUUGCAAUGUAAGUAAUUUACCCUUAAUAAUGAUCUUCGUAAUUAACUAAUAAUCUUAAUCUUUCUCUGCCUUUUGGCUCAGAAAUACAAGUUUACAGAUAA